AUGUCCAUCGAAGUCGACUGGGCAAGGGCCACCUCUGGUCCGGACGGUGAAGCUCUAGCAGAGCGCAUCCGCUCCUUUGUCCACGACAAGUUCCAGCAGGUACCCUUACCGCGCUUCAUCCGCUCAGUCCAAUGCCAUGCCUUCGAAUUUGGGACGAUCGGACCAGACCUCGAGAUCAAAGAUUUCUGCGAACCUUUCUCCGAUUUCUACGAAGAAGAUGAUGACGACACCUCCGCUACCUCGGAGGAGCUCGAACAAUGGUCGGACUCCGCCUACGACGACGAUGUACCCCAUAACCUCCACCACCAUCCUUACCCCGGCGAGGCGUUCCAGCCCUCUGCGCUUCGAUCUCCACUGCCCCUGGGAGACCAUAUCAACUCGCAUUUUCUGCCUCGCGCCGGCACCCCCGGGAUUCCUGGUGGCACAUCCACGCUUGGUUACCAUCUGAUGUCCUUGGGCGGUCUUUCGGGGACCCAGACCCCUCUUGCAGCUGUGGCAGGCGGCUCUCCGUUUGCCAGCAGCUGGUCAGACUCGGGUUUGGGCCAUGGCGGCAGGCCACGCCGUCCCUCUCGCCCUAGUGGUCUUCAGCACCGAGCAGACGCAGACAUCGACACCACAAACUCGGCAUCACGGCCAUCGACCGCAAACACAAUACCCUCACACCCCUCGGGUGGUCAUACCGGCAGCAGUGGAUCCAAACGCAACAGCGGUGAUCCCGCAGAUAUCCCGCAACCAUCCACAGAACCCGCCAUCGACCCGUCUGCUCCAAUUCCGCCUCGCAUGCGCGAGCGCCGCCCAGAGGAUUUCCAGAUCCUAUGUCACGCAAGGUAUGCCGGCGAUGUCCGGUUAUCCUUGACAGCCGAGAUCCUGCUCGAUUACCCAAUGCCGAGCUUUGUCGGACUACCAUUGAAACUAAACGUCACCGGUAUCACCUUUGACGGUGUGGCGGUGGUUGCAUACAUUCGCAAACGCAUUCACUUCUGCUUCUUGUCUCCCGAAGAUGCGGAUGCGCUGCUUGGCUCUGAGGGACACUAUCAGAACGGUCAACAGACUAGUGAGGAUGGCCGACCUCGGUCUGGCGGGGAUCAGAAACGACAGGGUGGAUUGCUCCAGGAGAUCCGGGUAGAGAGCGAGAUUGGCCGUAAGGAGGACGGGAAGCAAGUCCUCAAGAAUGUGGGUAAGGUGGAGCGCUUUGUUCUCGCACAGGUGCGUCGCAUCUUCGAGGAGGAGCUUGUAUACCCAAGCUUCUGGACGUUCCUCAUUUAA